AAAAGUGAAGCUGGGAGGAGAAGGCGGCGGAAGGUGGGGAUUGAUGCUUCUGUUUUUUGUUGCCGCUGCUGCCCUCGCUCUGGGAGCUGAGCAGGAGGGAAGGCAGUGGAGAGAUGAUUGCAGAGUUGGUGAGCAGCGCUCUGGGGCUCGCCUUGUACCUCAAUACCCUGAGUGCGGAUUUCUGCUACGAUGACAGCCGUGCUAUCAAGACUAAUCAGGACCUUCUCCCAGAAACUCCAUGGAUGCACAUUUUCUACAAUGACUUUUGGGGGACUCUCCUAACCCACAGCGGCAGCCACAAAUCCUACCGACCUUUCUGCACCCUCUCUUUUCGCCUGAACCAUGCCAUUGGAGGGCUGAAUCCCUGGAGCUACCAUCUUGUCAAUGUCCUGUUGCAUGCGGCCGUGACUGGUCUCUUCACGAGCUUCUCCAAGAUGCUCCUGGGAGAUGGAUACUGGACCUUCAUGGCCGGCUUGAUGUUUGCUUCUCACCCGAUUCAUACUGAAGCAGUUGCAGGAAUCGUGGGACGCGCUGAUGUUGGGGCUAGUCUCUUCUUUCUCCUCUCCUUGCUCUGUUACAUUAAACACUGUUCCACAAGAGGCUACUCAGCCAGAACUUGGGGCUGGUUCCUGGGGACUGGACUGUGUGCAGGAUGCAGCAUGUUGUGGAAGGAACAAGGAGUGACUGUUCUUGCAGUUUCAGCCGUUUAUGAUGUCUUUGUCUUUCACAGACUGAAAAUGAAACAGAUCUUACCUACCAUUUACAAAAGGAAGAAUUUGUCACUUUUCCUCAGCAUUAGUUUGUUGACUUUCUGGGGCACCUCUCUUUUGGGUGCCCGCUUAUACUGGAUGGGAAACAAGCCACCGAGUUUUUCCAACUCUGACAACCCAGCCGCUGACUCGGACAGCCUCCUGGCACGAACACUCACCUUCUUCUACUUGCCAACCAAGAAUCUCUGGCUACUGCUGUGCCCAGACACCCUCAGUUUCGACUGGUCAAUGGAUGCAGUGCCUCUGCUCAAAACAGUGUGUGAUUGGAGAAACCUCCACACCGUGGCCUUCUACAUUGGACUCCUCCUGCUGGCCUACUAUGGUCUGAAGAGCCCCAACACAGAAAGAGAAUGCAAUGGGAAGUUUGUCACGAACGGCAAGCAGAAUGCAAACGGCCAUAGCUGCCACUCAGAGGCGGAUUACCAGGACUCUGAGAUUCAACUCAGUUUUGCAUCCAACAUGGAAAACGGCAUUCAAGAUGAGGUCUCACCGAGAACACAGCUUCCUUCCACGGAGAACAUCGUUGUUUUGUCUUUAUCUUUGUUAAUAAUACCCUUUGUUCCUGCCACGAACCUGUUUUUCUAUGUCGGCUUUGUAAUUGCAGAGCGUGUAUUGUAUAUUCCAAGUAUGGGCUUCUGCCUCCUCGUUACUGUGGGUGCCAGGGCCCUUUACGUCAAAGUCCAAAAGCGGUUUCUCAAGAACUUGAUUUUCUAUGCUACAGUUAUGUUAAUUGUCUUCUACGGACUCAAGACUGCAAUCAGGAACGGAGACUGGCAGGAUGAGGAGAUGCUGUAUAGGUCAGGGAUCAAAGUUAACCCAGCCAAAGCAUGGGGUAACCUUGGAAAUGUUCUGAAGAGUCAGAGCAAAAUUUCUGAAGCCGAAAGCGCCUAUAGAAAUGCAUUGUACUACCGUAGCAACAUGGCAGACAUGCUUUAUAAUUUAGGGUUACUGCUACAGGAGAAUAGCAGGUUUGCAGAAGCACUGCAUUAUUAUAAAUUGGCAAUUGGGAGCAGACCUACACUAGCUUCUGCAUAUUUGAACACCGGUAUUAUCCUAAUGAACCAAGGAAAGACAGAAGAAGCCCGACGCACAUUUCUGAAGUGUUCUGAGAUCCCAGAUGAAAAUCUAAAGGACCCUCAUGCGCAUAAGAGCUCUGUUACCAGCUGUCUCUACAACUUGGGAAAACUCUAUCAUGAGCAGGGACACUAUGAGGAUGCCCUUAAUGUAUACAAGGAAGCAAUUCAGAAAAUGCCAAGGCAGUUUGCCCCACAGAGCUUAUACAAUAUGAUGGGUGAAGCAUACAUGCGAUUAAGUAGGCUCCCUGAAGCAGAGCAUUGGUACAUGGAAUCAUUGAGAUCCAAGACUGACCACAUCCCUGCUCAUCUCACUUAUGGAAAGCUGCUAGCUCUAACUGGUCGUAAGAGUGAGGCUGAAAAAUUCUUCUUGAAGGCUAUUGAGCUGGAUCCCACCAAAGGAAACUGUUACAUGCAUUAUGGUCAGUUUCUUCUGGAAGAAUCUCGCCUCAUAGAAGCGGCUGAAAUGGCAAAAAAAGCAGCUGAACUGGACAGCAUGGAAUUUGAUGUGGUCUUCAAUGCUGCCCACAUGCUCAGACAGGCUAGCCUCAAUGAAGCAGCUGAGAAGUAUUAUGAUCUGGCAGCCAGGCUGAGGCCUAAUUAUCCAGCUGCUCUGAUGAACCUGGGAGCGAUUCUGCACCUCAACGGCCGGCUCCAGAAGGCUGAGGCCAACUACCUGCGGGCUCUGCAGCUCAAGCCUGAUGAUGUCAUCACGCAGUCAAAUCUCCGCAAACUCUGGAACAUCAUGGAGAAACAAGGCUUAAAGACUUCCAAGACCUGACACAGGAGGGCAGUGCCUCACCCUCCGUGAUUCACUAGCGAGCAGAACUUCCCAGCAGUGCUAUGGCAAGAGCUGAUUGGACUCCAAGAUGCUGGCAGAGGUCACUGAGGUCACUCCCUGCCACCUCUUGGAGUAUCCACUUGACUGUUGGCACAGCCGUUAUUAACACCAAAAAGGGGAACAUGGGAAACCUCCGGAGAGGCUGGAAUUGUUGCCCACAGAACUGUAAACCAGAGCACUUAAAAAAAAAAAAACAGGAUCUUUCGGCGUUUUUAAAGGGUGGGGGAGGAGUCUAAGUUACACAGGUUAUUCAUUUUGGAAAGAGAAAUGAGAAAACUGUUUUGUUCCUUAAACACUGUGAGAGGAAGUCGGGGUCUCCAGCAGCCAGGGUAAACUAUCAAGGUCAAGUGUUCAUUGGGAGUGAUCCAAGUGUGGCGUGGAUUGCAGUGGAGCUGGCCGGUUGUCCUGACGCUGCUGUCUUUCCUCCCUGGGACAGCCUGCUUAUCAAUUUCUGAAACGCAGAAACAAUUUUUUCCCCCUUUCUUUUCGUACUGUGUCAUGAUCUGUUAGAAUCUACUGUUGUUUCCUGACUAGCACAUAUCAUGUCUUCUGAUUUGGAAAUCGCAGUUUUCGCUCUUUGAACAUGCUUUCCUUUUUCCAUGUUUGAAAAAAGAUAUUAGAGCAAAGCACACUUCAACCUGGUGUUCUGUGAAGGGUUGGGGAAGCCUUGCAUGUAUCAGGCAGGUGUUUUUCAUAUUAUUGUCACCGAUAUUUUCCCCACGCUGCCUAGAAGCAUUCAUUGUAUUAAUCCUUGUUUUUUUGAUGUUGCCUUUAAAAAUGACUGUUCCUGGCUAAUUAAGGAUUUAAACAAAAGGAAAUUAAACAUGUUUAUUUCGAAUAACCAGAAACUGUUAAACAAAAAGGGAGGUGCCUUGUGCUUCCCAGAUGUUGCUGGUUAAAUUAUCAAGUGCGUGUAAAGCAGUAUAUAAUAAUGGUUGCCAAUGAUUUUAUAUUUUGGAAAGAGUGUGGAAUACUAAUCACUUUCUACUAGAGACAUAAAUAGCAAUACUGAUAAUUUUUAAGGAAUUAUUUUUAUUGUAUUUUGCUUUUCCCAAAGGAUAUCAAAAUGACUUACUUUAAGCUAUAAUGGUGUAUAGCAUUAGCCUGCAUUGCUAGAUCCUCUCCUAAGUGCUUUUCAUAAUUGAAAAUUAUUUUUCACUAGGUGAUUUGACAUACUAUUUCAUUCCCUGUAGUAACUUUUAAUGAUUAUUUCACAAGUAAAAAACUUUAAUGAAUUGGAGGAAAUAUUACUGAACUUUGCUUUUUUUCCUUGCAGUGAAACUCUUCUACUAAAAACUUUGCAAACAGCAUCUAUCUAUCAAAUUUGUAGAGAAAGUAGUAUGCAGUACCCUACAUAUUUAUUUAUUUAUUAUUAUACCAUAGCAAAAUAACAAAACUUGAUUAAGCCAGUUCUUUGCAACUGAACAUUAGCUUUUUUCUUUCUUUCACACUUUGUAUAUAUGAUCAACAUCUCCAUUAAAGAGUAGCUGGACAUGAAAAUACAUUACAUUAUGUUUUCUCCAUUAUUUUAUGUUUUCCACAUAUCUAAAUAGGUGGGAUAAAGAAUGUAGAGCAGUAUUCGUAUGGCGUUAGUGUUUUUGUGAGAAGGGUAAAUGUAGUGAGAGAGAUCUGUUAAUGUUAUUAUUUAGAAUGCCCUCUUAAUAUGUAUACUAACAUUUCUUCAGAGGGUCAAAAGUUAAAUUAUAACUAAAUCACAGCAGAAUACCGUUUAUCAUUAAAAACAACAAAUCAGUGUCAAAUCAAAAGAAGGUGGUGAAGUGUGUUUUUCAUCUACUGCAUUGGCAAUUGCAAAAAAUGCAAUUUAAUAUAAGGGUAUAAGAAAUUACUUAUGAAUUCAAUGUCUAACAUUUUAAUUUAUUUAAAUAGUUAAUGACCUAUUAUGACUUCCAAGUCUUAACAUUUUAUUCUUUAUUUUUAUGGUUUUUCCUUUCAAACACUUGGUUCUUAAUAAUUUCACUGAUGGCACAGUAGAUGCACUUCAUGUUGACCCAGUUCUCAAGUAGCAUUAAUAAUUGGCCUGCAUCGUAAAAUGCAUGGAUAUUUAAUAACUAAAUGUCCCUGAUACCUUUCACUACAGGGCUGGGCUUAGUUACUGACCAUUUUGGUGGGAGGGCUGGGAGGGACUUUAGAACCUGGUUAAAAAAUGUCGCCGCUCAGGGAUUUAUGGUGGAUUAUUGCAGACAGUGCUAAAAAAUAAAUAGAGCACAAGACAAGUUUACUAAAUUAAAAUUUUAUUUUUUGAGAAAUUGUUAUUUGUAUAAAUUAUCAAGAUUUGUAGGCUUUGCUUUUGUAGAAAUAAUUGUUUUAUGUGCCAGAGAAUUUCAAUUUUGUUUUCAACAAUAAAACAUUGAUAACAAA